UAGUCAAAUUUCUUCAAUUUGGACUUGUCAUUUAAUUUCAAUUAUCUACAAUUUGUUUAUUGUUUUCCAUCGUGUUCUGAAGUAGAAACAAUGCCUGUAGAAAAUCUAGAAGCAGAAAGUUUGGAAAAGAAUCCAAACUUGGAACUCGCUCAAUUAAAGUUUUUGCUAUCUUCUUCUGAAUUUCAACAUGAUGAACAUCUGAAAACGCGACUAAUAGAAGCCAUCAAAGAAAAUAAUAUGGCUCCAUUUUAUGAAGAAGUAUGUAAAGAUCUUUCUUGGGCAGUUGAUAAUGCACUGCUGGAAAAAAUGAAAAAAGCAAAUGAGGAGCAAUUAAAGAAAUUAGAUGAUGCAAUUGAAGAUGCAGAAAAAAACUUGGGAGAGAUGGAAGUUCGAGAAGCAUUUCUGAAUAAAGCUGAAUUCCUAAGUCGUAUUGGAUCCAAGGAAGCAGCAUUGGCUGUUUUUCGAAAGACUCAAGAUAAGACUGUAUCACUUGGACAUAGAUUGGAUAUUCUCUUUCAUAUUAUUAGAAUUGGGUUAUUUUAUGUCGAUCAUGACCUCAUCACUCGGAACAUUGAAAAAGCAAAAAGCUUAAUUGAAGAAGGUGGUGAUUGGGAUCGUCGGAACAGAUUAAAAGUUUAUCAAGGAGUCUAUUGUAUGGCCAUUAGAGACUUUAAAAAUGCGGCUAACUUUUUCUUAGACACUGUUUCCACCUUCACAAGUUAUGAACUGAUGGACUACAAAACAUUUGUUACUUAUACAGUUAUCUGUAGUAUGAUUUCUUUACCUCGUGUGGACUUGAGAGAGAAGGUUGUUAAAGGAUCUGAAAUACUUGAAGUUUUGCACAGUGUGUCAGAUAUUAGGGAAUACCUCUUUUCUUUGUACAAUUGCCAGUAUGCAGAGUUUUUUCAAAAAUUGGCUAUUGUGGAACGAAUGUUGAAACAGGACCGCCUACUUGCAUCCCACUUUCGCUAUUAUGUUCGAGAAAUGAGAAUUUCGGCGUACACACAACUCUUAGAAUCCUAUCGUAGUUUGACCUUACAGUACAUGGCUGAUGCAUUUGGAGUCACUACGGAAUUCAUUGACAGGGAGCUUGCAAGAUUUAUUGCUGCUGGUAGACUUCAUUGCAAAAUUGAUAAAGUGGGAGGCAUUGUAGAAACAAAUAGGCCUGACAGUAAAAAUUACCAAUAUCAGGCUUGCAUUAAACAAGGGGACAUUCUCUUGAAUAGAGUCCAGAAACUUAGCCGUGUAAUCAACAUUUAACUGUAUUUUUUCACUCAUUAAAACAUUUUAUAUUUGAGCUUAAUAAAUUUCAUGUUAUAACAUCUUACAA